UUCAAAUUGAUCUUUGUCGGGCUAACCUAAAAAAAUUACUUUAUUCUGUUUGUGGGUUUGUUUCGUGCAGAAAAUCGUAAAGAUGACUUAAAAAUGAAUGAAAUGUGAAGGGACAAAGAAUUGCGAGAUAAUAUACUGUGCCAUGGAUACAAAAAAUAUGAUCGUCUAUUAGGUAUAGGUUUGUCAAAAAUGAAGAUUUCAACAAAAAUUUGCACAUCAAAAGUGUUUAAUUUUAAUAGCUAUUACACAAGCUCACACAAUAAAUACAAGAAUUUCUUUUUUAUUUUGCUAUUUUUGAUUCUGUUAAUUUCGGUUUUAUUUAUAUUCUCAUUGUCUUGGAGUAGUUAUGAUGAAUCAAAAAAAUUCGAAAAAGUCAAGUUGGUAAACAUCUACAAUUUACCGGAAGUUAUUAUAAAAUCCGGCACACCAACAAAACCCAGAAAUGUACAUUGCACCCACUGGAACUGUUUUAAUAUUUACAAAUGUGGACAUUCAGCCUUUGACAGGAUAUCUGUGUAUGUUUACCCAUUAAAGAAGUAUGUGGAUGAAGAUGGGGUACCAGCUACAGAACUCAUGUCUAAAGAGUACUACCAACUUCUUGAAGCUGUGAUUAAUUCGAAAUAUUACACUGCCAAUCCCAAUAAAGCUUGCAUAUUAAUUCCAUCCAUUGAUACACUAAAUCAAGGCAGAUUAAGGUCAAAUUUAACAUCAAAGGCAUUGAAUUCCCUUCCACACUGGAAUGGAGGAGAGAACCACUUAAUUUUUAACCUGAUUUCCGGAAGCAGCCCUGACUUUGCUCCGGUGGUUGAGUUGGAUAUCGGAAAUGCCCUUUUAGCCGGAGCAGGAUUUGAUACUUACAGCUUCCGGGAGGGAUUCGACAUACCCUUGCCUCUCUACAGUCCAGUGGCGCACUUGGGUAAAGUCGAUCAUAUCCAAAGAAAUAGAACGUGGUUAAUAACAUCGUCCCAAAUAAACAUAAAUCCGCAUUUCUUGAACGAGCUGCAGAAGUUGUCGUACCAACACCGCAACCAAAUACAAAUUUUGGACGCGUGUGCCGGCAUCGGAAACUACACGCAACGUUGCGACGUCUCAUCGGAGUCGGAGCACGCUUAUCCCCAACUUUUGCAGGAAAGCACGUUUUGCAUGGUGUUCAGGGGCGAGCGUAUGGCGCAGUUCGCGCUGCUCGAGGCUCUGGCCGCCAAUUGCAUCCCCAUAUUUGUAAUAGACGGAGCAGUAUUGCCAUUUAAAAAUGUGAUAGACUGGAAACAUUCGGCCAUAUUCGUGAUGGAAGAUUACUUAGGCACUGUAAUUGAUGUCGUGAGCACGAUUUCUAGCAAAAGAGUCAGAGAAUUGCAGAGUAGCGUUAAGUUUAUUUAUGAUAAGUAUUUUUCGAGUAUUGAAAAAAUAGUCAUUACGAGUUUAGAUGUUGUACAGGAUCGUAUUUAUCCACAGUGGAGAAAGGUCUACGAUCAAACUAAUUUAGUGAGACGAGAGGAUAACUCAAAUCCUUUAUUUUUUCCUAUAACAGCGCCCAAAUCUCACGGGUUUACCGCUGUUAUUUUAACGUAUGAUCGAAUCGAAAGUCUUUUUACUUUGAUUGAAAGGCUGUCCAAAGUUCCUAGUCUCAUGAAAGUCCUGGUGGUUUGGAACAACCAAAAGAAAAGUCCGCCUCCAUUAUCAGAAUUUCCUGCAAUAUUAAAACCAAUAAGACUUAUAAGAACAAAAGAAAAUAAAUUAUCAAAUAGAUUUUUACCUUUUAAAGAGAUUGAAACAGAGGCUGUUUUACAUAUCGAUGACGAUAUCGUCAUGCUUACUUCGGAUGAAGUCGAAUUUGCCUAUGAAGUUUGGAGAGAAUUUCCUGAUAGAAUAGUUGGUUUUCCCUCUCGAAUGCAUAAAUGGGAUAACAUAACUAGCACUUGGAAGUACGAAUCAGAGUGGACCAACGAAAUUUCCAUGGUUUUAACUGGGGCGGCUUUUUUGCAUAAGUAUUGGAGUUACUUGUACACCAAAGGCAUGCCUUCAAACCUUAAAGACUGGGUCGAUGACCACAUGAACUGUGAAGACAUUGCCAUGAAUUUUUUGGUUGCAAAUGCAACAAAUAAACCACCCAUAAAGGUAACACCUAGGAAAAAGUUUAAAUGUCCAGAAUGUAUAAAUAACGAGAUGCUAUCAGCUGACUUGGGGCAUAUGGUGGAGAGAACUCAAUGCAUUAAUAGAUUUACAAAGGCAUUUGGAAGAAUGCCUUUAAAAUCGGUCGAAUUCAGGGCAGAUCCUGUACUCUUCAAGGAUCCAUUCCCGGAAAAAUUAAAACGUUUUAACGAUAUUGGCAGCCUAUAAUUUUAAUUUAUUUGACAUUGUAUAUAUUUGUACCUACAUAAAUAAAAUUAUUAUUGUUGCUCUGAACUGACUUAUCAGGGUUGAUUAAUUUUGUAAUAUAAUUUAAAACUUUUGAUAUUUUUGUAUAUGUUUGUAAAGACAGAAAAUGUAAAUUUUAUUUUGAAUAUUUAUUUAUUUUUUAUUUAAGGAUAAUAA